AUGUCUUCUUCAAGCUCCUCCACCACCCAAACCGAGAAGCUCCAAGGCCUUAUUUUGGCCAUGGAAGAAGAGUCCAGGGAGAAGGCAACGGAGAGCACCAAUUUGAGACUAGGGUCUCCUGCUGAGCAGGAGGUUAUGUCUGAAAGGACGAGUGAGAACCCUAGUGUCAGAUCUGGUGCUGUCCGAACAGGAAAAGAGAUCAUGACGUUGUACCCGUCGAAGUCCAAUAAGAUCUACACUUGUCAGUUUUGCAGCAAAGGGUUCUCAACCUCUCAAGCCCUAGGUGGUCACCAGAACGCGCACAAGCAAGAGCGCCAGUGGGACAAGAAGCGGAAGGAGAUGGAAGAAACCUACCCCGAACUCGCCUUUUUGCCCCCUUACCUGGACAAGCCUCACUUGCUCUUAGGUGGGUAUUCACAAGAUGCUUUAUCCAACGAAAACCAUCUUGGGAUCACUCUUGAACCUUUGAUGAAACGCAGCGUUUGCUCAUCUUUCCCUAGAGGACUCGGGGACAUGAACAUGACCGUUGUUCCUCGCAUCACUCCUACUCGCUUCUUCAACGGGACCACUUUCACCAAUGGUUCUUCGUCUUCAAGGGGAUUUGAGCUCAGCCCUUCCAACAUCAGCAAUCUCCCGAUGAUCCCUAUGAACGUUCCUCCUUUUCAUCCUCCUCUAACCACCAAUCCUUCGGAAGAGAAUGUUUUGGUCGAGGAGAAUUUCAUCUCAAAGAUUGGGAAGGCCAAAAUUGAGGAGAUUGAUGAUGAUGAUGAUGAUAAUCAGCCAAAAGAAGGGAACGCUGAAGGAUGGGGCAUUGAUUUAUCUCUAUCCCUUUGA